GGGUAUCUAUUAAAAAUGACCGAAGUUCAAGCAAUGGUAGAAUUCUCUGUGGAGCUAAACAAGUUCUACAAUGUGGAUUUAUUUCAGAGAGGAUUUUACCAGAUUCGUGCAUCUAUGAAACUUCCACCACGAAUCCCCCACAGAGUAGAAGCUAGUUUGUUACAUACAACAGGUAUAACUUUAGCUUUUCCGGCUUCAGUUCAUGAUUCUCUGAUUUGCAGUAAAACAUUUCAAAUUCUGUACAAAAAUGAAGAAGUAGUUUUAAAUGAUGUUAUGAUCUUCAAAGUUAAAAUGCUAUUGGAUGAAAAAAGGAUUGAAGAAACCCUUGAGGAAAUAAAUUUUCUUUUAUCUUUGGAUCUACACUUCACAGAUGGAGAUUAUUCGGAAGAUGAUUUGAACGCCUUGCAACUAAUAAGUAGCCGAACACUGAAAUUGCACUUUAGCCUCCACAGAGGCCUUCAUCAUCAUGUUAAUGUUAUGUUUGAUUACUUCCACCUUUCCGUUGUGUCUGUUACAGUCCAUGCUUCAUUGGUUGCACUACACCAGCCACUAAUAAGCUUUCCUCGACCUGUGAAGACUACUUGGUUAAAUAGAAAUGCACCAGCACAAAACAAAGAUUCUGUGAUUCCUACUCUUGAAAGUGUGGUCUUUGGUAUUAACUACACAAAACAGUUAUCACCAGAUGGAUGCAGUUUCGUCAUUGCUGACUCCUUCCUGCAUCAUGCCUAUAAUUUUCAUUAUACACUUUGUGCCACUUUGCUGCUGGCCUUCAAGGGAUUGCACAGCUACUUCAUUACGGUAACCGAAGAGAUUCCCUCUUGUCAGAAACUAGAACUGGAGGAAAUGGAUGUAGAAGCUCGACUUACUGAACUAUGUGAAGAAGUUAAGAAAUUAGAAAAUCCUGAUGAACUGGCAGAACUUAUAAAUAUGAAUCUUGCACAACUUUGCUCACUUCUAAUGGCUUUAUGGGGACAGUUUCUGGAAAUUAUAACACUUCAUGAAGAAUUAAGAAUAUUAUUAGCUCAAGAGCAUCAUACUUUGAGGGUACGCAGAUUUUCCGAAGCUUUUUUUUGUUUUGAACAUCCAAGAGAUGCUGCUAUUGCAUACCAGGAACUUCAUGCUCAGAGUCAUCUACAGAUGUGCACCGCUAUCAAAAAUACUUCCUUCUGCAGUUCUCUUCCACCUCUGCCUAUUGAAUGUAGUGAAUUAGAUGGAGAUCUCAAUUCUUUACCUAUAAUCUUUGAAGAUAGGUAUUUAGAUUCUGUUACUGAAGACUUAGAUGCACCCUGGAUGGGAUUUCAGAAUCUUCAGAGAUCAGAGUCCUAUAGAAUGGAUAAAUAUGAGACUGAAGAAAGCUCUGUAGCUGGACUUUCUAGCCCAGAGUUGAAAGUCAGACCUGCUGGUGCCUCCAAUAUUUGGUACACAGAAAGCGAAAAACAGCUAACAAAGUCUCUAAAAGGAAAGAAUGAAGAAUCAAAUAAAUCCAAAGUUAAGGUUACUAAACUCAUGAAAACGAUGAAACCUGAAAACACAAAAAAAUUAAUAAAACAGAACUCUAAGGAUUCUGUGGUUUUGGUAGGCUACAAAUGUUUGAAAAGUACAGCAGCAAAUGAUUUCUCUAUGUGCUUUGAAGGCAAUUCUUCACAUAGUCAGAAAGAAGGUCUGGAGCCCACAAUUUGUAGAUAUAAAUUUGACCCAAAGACCUACAUCAGACAGACAAGUCGAAAGGAAGCUAGCUAUUUGCCAAGUAACACAGAGGCAACUGAACAAAAGUCUGCAGAUAAUGAAAAUUUGCAGCCAAACCAAUUUGAUCCAUUGAACUCUGGCAGCCUAAAACUUUGUGCAAAUUUGUCCGUUACAGGUAAACUUGGUAUCUCCCAAGAUGGUAGUGAAAAUACACAAGUGGAACACAGUGUGGCCUCCAGAAGUUCAUCAGACGAUUGCCAUGAUCAUCAGACAACCCCUGCUUCGGGAGUUAAAACAAUUGACGUGCAGCCUACUAACAGAGAUCCUCUUGGGGGAGAGAAAGUGACUGUUAAACUUUGGACAGAUUCACGGCAAGAUGAAAUGUUUGUGGAUAACUCUCAGCUUCCCAUCAUUGAAUCCUUAGAAUCGAAUGGUAAAUCUAUAGAAAUAACACUUGACAAGGAAACUUUACAUGAAGCAACGAGUUGUUUUAUUGGAGACUCAUUAGCUAAGUUAAGAAGUAAUCCACCUGCUCUUUCUACAAAAGAAUAUCAUGUUAUAGUAAGUGGAGAUACAAUUAAGUUACCAGAUAGUAAUGUCACAUAUGCUUCCUCUAGGUUUUCAGAUUCAGGUGUUGAAAGCGAACCAAGUUCUUUUGCAACACAUCCAAAUCCUGAAACUGUGCAAGGACAGAGUCCUUAUAAUAAUGAAAGAUUAUUUCCUCAGUUUUUGAUGAAACCUGAUUAUAAUGUAAAAUUUUCAUUAGGAAGUCAUUGUACUGAGAGUACAAGUGCUUUAAGUGAAAUACAGUCAUCACUGACAUCCAUAAACUCUCUACCUUCUGAUGAUGAACUGUCACCUGAUGAAAAUUCUAAGAAAUCUGUGGUACCUGAAUGCCUUCGAAGUGAUAGUAAAACUGUAUUAAAUCUGGGAACAAUUGACUUGCCAAGAUGUGAUGAUAGUAAAAAGUCAAGUAUUAUUUUGCAACAGCAAAGUGUUGUGUUUUCAGAGCAUUUGGACAAUGAAACCAUAACAAUCCAUUCCUUAAAUACAAGUGCUAAAGAUGCUUUACAAAUUUUUUCAGAUGAAGAUACUUCCAGGGAUAAGAAAAGUAGUAGUGGCUCCAAACCUAACUUGGACAAUAUGUAUAAAGACUUUCAGAGUCCCAGUGAAUCUCCUAACUCUGCAAGGACAGCAAUUACAUUAAAUUCAACACUCAUUUGUUUUGGAGCUCCUUGUGUCGUUUCAGGGUCCGUUUCUGCUAAUGCAGAAAUCAGUGAAGACAUUAGUAUUAAAAGAGUAAAUGGUGAUGCACUAAAUUUUAAACAAAUAGACUCAGAAGGCUCUCUAGUUGAAAGUGAAAGUCAUCUGGGUAUAGAUGACCCCUUUUCAACCAGUACUGAUAUGGUAAAGGAAGGGCUGGUGGAAGAUUACUUUGGUUCUCAAAGCAGUACAGAUAUUUCUGACACAUGUGCUAUUAGUUAUUGCAAUUCCUUUCGCUCUCUGAAGGAAACGCUUGAAAAUGAAAUUAGUGAUCUUCAACAGGAGCAGAGUAAAGAGGUUGAGGAGGAAGACCAGGACCAACAAAUGGUUCAAAAUGGUUAUCAUGAAGAAACAGACUAUUCCGCUUUGAAUGAAACAGUACACUGUACAAAAAGAGACACACUAGUAGAAGAAAAACUUAUAAAAUCUGAAAAAUUGCACAGUGACUAUCUGAGGGAUGGUAUAAACAUGCCUACUGUCUGUACUUCUGGUUGUUUGUCCUUCCCGUCUGCACCACGAGAGUCUCCUAGUAGCGUCAAAUCCUCUUCCAAAAGUAAAUUUGAUGCCAUUACAAAACAGCCAAGCAGCACUUCUUACAACUGUACUUCAUCAUUUUCCUGGUAUGAAAAUUCACCAAAACCUCAAAUACAAGCUUUCCUUCAGGCAAAAGAAGAACUGAAACAACUUAAACUCCCAGGUUUCAUGUACAGUGAUGUUCCUCUUUUGGCAUCCUCAGUACCUUACUUUAGCAUGGAAGAAGAAGAUAGUUCUGAAGAGGGAGUACAUCUUAUUGUCUGUGUGCAUGGUUUAGAUGGUAUCUUUAUUGGACAUUCAUUGGGCAAUUUAAUAAUCCGUUCAGUGCUUACAAGGCCAAGAUUUAAGUAUUACCUGCACAAACUUCACACGUUUCUGUCUCUUUCUGGACCUCACCUUGGUACACUCUACAAUAGCAGUGCUCUUGUUAACACAGGUCUCUGGUUUAUGCAGAAAUGGAAAAAAUCAGGUUCUCUUUUGCAACUGACAUGUCGAGAUCAUUCAGACCCUCGUCAGACUUUCUUGUACAAGCUUAGUAAGAAAGCAGGGCUUCAUUAUUUCAAAAAUGUUGUACUAGUGGGAUCUCUACAGGAUCGCUAUGUUCCAUAUCACUCUGCUCGCAUUGAGAUGUGUAAAACAGCAUUAAAGGACAAACAGUCAGGACAGUUCUACUCUGAAAUGAUCCAUAACUUACUUCACCCAGUUCUACAGAGCAAGAACUGUAAUCUGAUUCGAUAUAAUGUCAUCAAUGCAUUGCCCAAUACAGCGGAUUCACUAAUUGGAAGAGCUGCACAUAUAGCUGUUCUUGAUUCAGAAAUAUUUUUAGAAAAAUUCUUUUUAGUUGCUGCCCUCAAAUACUUCCAGUAGGAUAAAAACAUUGCUAGAAAUUUGACAAUUACCUCAUUUGACAAGGAUUCAAGUAAUGUGUUACAUUGAACUGUAGAUGCUCAUAAGUUCUAAGAAAUAUUUAUACAUUUUAUAUGGAAGAUCAUUUAUAUCAUCCAUGUUUAGAGCUUUUUAAAACAUCAACAACUUUACUUUCUAGGUGAUGUGGCUGUGCAAUAUUUUUUUAAUUUUAUCUUUUUACUUUUCUAUUACUUUUUCAUAUAUUUUGCUACCUAAGUAUUUCAGUGAAACUUUAAGCCCACAUGUACAUCUAUUUGUUAUUGACUUUCCACGAUUCUUACAUAAAGCUACAUCAUUAUAGAGACAAUUAUUACUAGGAUAGCAUGGGAUUUUGAAUUUUCUAAUAUUUGGGUAUUAUUUAGUUAAUUUUAAGUUUUACUUUUAGCAUUUUGCUGUUUUAACUGGAAAAAAUAUGGCUGCUAAAAUAUAUUUUUAUGAAAUCAACUUCUGUAGCCCUAAAAUAUACCUUUAUCAUAAUGUCAAGCCAGGUAGUUCAUAUAUGACAAUGUUAUAAAAGUUUUCUAUAAAGUCAUUGUUCUUAUUAAACAUGUCAUGCCUAUUAAAAUAUAUUUUCUACUGGUGAUUUCAACAUUAUUUCUCAUAUUGACUUUUAUUACUGGAACUUUUCCUGUUCAUGUUAGCAGCAUAUGAAGAUUUUUGAAUGUUUGAAUGCCCUCAGAUUUGAUUUGGUUGGAAUUUUGCUAAAUUUGGUAAUGUUGCUUGAAAUUUCUGACUACAUCUCUUAACUUUUUUCAUGAACUUCCUUGUAUGUACAUAUAAGAGUUGUUGAAAUACUUUUAUGAAUUUAGAUAAUUUUUAAAUAUUGUUAAAAAUUUAUUGAACUAAAAUAAUGUAAAUAAAAUAAUUCGUGUUAAAAGUUGUGGAACAAAAUAACUUUACAUGUUGGGUGACAUAGAUGCAAAAGUUUUUGACAUAUUGAGAUGCUGAGUCUUUUGACUUUACUAAAGGUGCUGAAUAGCAUUAAGUUAUUAUUUUCCUUUCCUUGUCAACAUACUAAUGCACUAAGGGUAGGCAGAAGUUUCUGUCUGAAUUAAUCAACUGUGAUGGACAGAGGAUUUUUAAAGUAUGUAUUGUAUAAUUGCUGCAUGCUCAUUUUUAAUAUUGUGUCAUCACCUCUGGUGUUAAUCAGUGAACAAAUGUUUGUCU